AUGUCCGGGCCUGUGUCUGCACCUUACUGGGGCCAUUUGCCCACCAAGGCUCGUCGUACGUCGAAUAGCUAUAGUCAAGCUCACGAUCGCAGUCAGUCAUUGGACGGUCUUGCAUCCACCUCUCAAUCGCAACCUAGAUUGAAUCGUGUCUCACUUCAAACUCAAGCUACCGAAGCUCCAACCGACUCGACCUACAGUCCAUUGGCCUCACCUGUAGAUUCGAGCUUCGAAGAUUCUGGCCUGGCGCCUCGACCAGCCACUCUUUCGUACGGGCAGCUUGACUAUCAGUCAAAUCCGCAGGAGAAGCGCAAGAGGCCAAGUACUCGAGUCCACGAAGAUUUCGAGGCUACCGCUCGCGCAACGCCGCCCACUGCACCGGAUGUGCCCAGAGCACCACCAGUCAGCUACAACAAUAGGGAUCCUUACGGAAACGGCCACCACUCGCCAUACACCUUCAGCGCUUCCGGUCAGCCAGGACCGCCACCGUCGGCCCACAAAUCGCUUGCGCAGGCCAAAGCUGCAGCAGCAGAGAUGGAAGCCGAGGCCGUAGCCUCAAACAACGCUGCGCGCCAAAUCGAAAACGAUCUAGAAGCGAGAAGGGCACGGCGUGCAAUGGCCGAUUAUGAUGAUGGCGGUGGGAGGACAGGCUCGUCAAGGCGAAUCUCCAAUGGGGCCAAGCCGGGCAAGAGGGUGUCGCACCGGAGAAGAGAAUCUCUUGGCCCUGAAGAGGUGCAGCAACAGUGGGCACAUGAUCGAUCACCACUGCAGAAGCUCGAGCUGACGCUCGAUAGCAUUACGAAGGAUGAGAAACGUGCUCGUGUGGAGGCUGCCGAAAGACGCGCACGGGAGAAAGCAGCCACAACGGAAGCGGAUGCCGGCGCAAACUCUCCCGACACAAGAGUCGUCGAUCGUCCCGUCGCUCAACAAGUCCAUUUCAGACCCCGCCGACAAUCAGUAGGUCAAGAAGACCAGCAACGUCCAGUGGCAGCUGACUUCCACCGAGACGAUUCCCCAAUUUCGGCGCGACAAGCCCCUCCAUUACAAUAUGGCUCAGAUCAUAGAAGGCGCGUCUCCUCUGGCCCAGCACCACAACCUCAAGUACCUGUGCCCAAGAAUCGUAACGUAUCUGCACCGAUGAGCGCCGACCUGCCUCAACGUAACUUAAGUUUCCGUGACAGAGCUGCAAGAAACGAUUUGGACACUCCACAAGGCAACUCUGGCAACUCUGGCACCUCGCCGGAUAUACUUGCACCAGCAGCGCCGAUUGUAUCCGCUGGUGUUGCACGUAGCGGAAGUAAUAAACUCCGGAAGAACCCACCCGGGGAUCCUUGGUAUAGUAUGCGAACACAAGCAGAAGAGAGAUUUCCAGCCAUUCAUCGCCGUGGCGAAGAACCCCAAUUUACAGGAGGCGCCGGUGUUUCGAGAUCGAAGACCACUGGGGGAGAUCUCAGAAGGGUACCUCCGACGCAAUACGAUGAUGAGUAUGGUGAAAGGCCUCAGACCCAAGGAAGGCAACCUGGCCGUGGCAAUUACGAGGAAUAUGACGAAUACGACGACUAUGAUAAUUAUGAAGAACCACCAAGUCGAGCACGAGGCUUCGCCGCUGCUAUCGGCCUUGGACGUUCAGCUUCAUAUGGAGCCAAGCGCCAAGCGCCCCCAUCAAAUGCUGCUAAUACUCGUUCUGUCCGAGGGAAUGGUAAUGGCAUGAAGUCGGUGACGUUCCCCGAUCAAAGAGUUGAGCCCAGCUAUGAUACUGGCGGUAGCCCUGAAUCAGAUGAUCAACAUCACUUCCGAGACUAUUUCCAUAGGGAUAGACCACAUACUGGCCAGGCUGUGUACCAGCCCCCAAAAUAUCUCGACGAGUGGAGAAAGGCGACAGUUGGACAGCUUACGGAUGCAUUACUAGACACACAAGCGCAAGUACCAAAAGUCCCCGAACCCAGCCAUGAUGAGAAAGACAAGACAUGGUGGGAGAACUCUGGAAACCGCAGAGGAAGUUUGUCUUCUAGACCUCAGAAAGGUGAAGCUUUUGAUGGCGGGUAUGAUGAGACGCAAGGCCCUACCCGUUUUAAGCCCGCCUUGUAUCUCAAGUGUGGACCGUUGCUAAGAUACUGUGGUAUUCGACACGAAAAAUUGGCUGCACGCAGCCGCAAUGGCGGCGUCGCUGAGAAAGAAAUCUGGAGAGGCUCCGUCAUGAUUGUUACCCAGGAUUCUGAUAGCUCAUACGAAAGUGCCCCUAUCCUGCGCCUCUUUGUGCAGCACAUUGAUUUACUCCCCCUCCACCAGCGGAACUCAUGGGUGAACAAGCCCUGCUACCAGAUCGAGCAUCUCGAGGAAGGCAAGGAUUUGUCCAUGCUAGAUACCGAUGAUGGGCUUUUUGAAGCUACUAGAACUGCGCCGGAUUUCAACAAAAAUGCUCCCGACCGGCCAGAAUCUUUUGCCAGUCGCCAAAAGCGUGUCAAGGCAGAUGGAGAAAAGCUUGGCAAGUAUAAAGAUAUUCGCGGGUUUCGCCUGCAUGCUGAACAGGGUUGCACGUUCUGGCGCUUCAAUCUUGAAGUCGAGCUUCGCGAUAGGCAACAGCGCAUUGCAUACCGUAUCAAUCAUGGCCCUGCGACGGGCUUUUGGAUACCGGCUCGUGGCCAGUCUAUGAAUGUCAUGUUCCACAGUUGUAAUGGAUUCAGUCUGAGCGUGAAGUCGGAUGAUCUCAGUGGUCCGGAUCCGAUGUGGCGGGAUGUGCUGAACACUCAUCAAACCCAGCCUUUCCAUGUGAUGAUUGGAGGUGGAGACCAGGUCUAUAACGAUGCUGUGAUGAGACAGACCACAAUCUUCAAACAAUGGCUGGACAUCAGGAAUCCGCUUCAUAAGCACAAUGCGCCAUUCACAGCGGAUUUGCAGGAGGAGUUAGAAACCUUCUAUUUCGAACGAUACUGCAUGUGGUUUUCACAAGGUCUUUUCGGUUUGGCAAACUCUCAAAUCCCCAUGGUCAAUAUGUAUGAUGACCACGACAUCAUUGACGGGUUUGGAUCUUACCCAGACCACUUUAUGAGAUCACCGGUCUUUUCCGGCUUGGGUGCCGUCGCCUUCAAGUACUAUAUGCUAUUCCAGCAGCAAAGUAUAGUGAGCGAGACAGAGGAGGCUGAGCCAAGCUGGAUUCUAGGCCGUAAACCUGGUCCUUACAUCCACGAAUUGAGUCGCAGCUUGUACAUGUCACUCGGUUCUGAUAUUGCCCUGCUUGCCGUUGAUGCGCGUACAGAGCGCACGAGGGAAGAAGUGGUGCGAGAAGAUACUUGGAAAAAAAUCAUUGACCGGUGCUACGCCGAGAUCAUCAAGGGAGAGACGAAGCAUUUGUUGGUUCUGCUUGGGGUUCCAAUCGCUUAUCCUCGGUUGGUCUGGCUUGAGAAUAUAUUGACUUCUCGACUAAUGGACCCCGUGAAGGCUAUGGGCAAGGCUGGAUUGUUUGGUAAAGGUUUGCUUAACCGUUUCGAUGGAGGCGUCGAGGUGCUCGAUGAUUUGGACGACCAUUGGACCGCAAAGAACCACAAGGAGGAGCGUAAAUUUGUCAUUGAAGAUCUUCAGGAUCUUGCGGCUGAUAAAUCCGUGCGCAUCACGAUUCUUAGCGGUGAUGUUCAUCUUGCAGCUAUUGGACAGUUCUUUUCGAACCCCAAGCUUCAAAUUCCUAAGCAUAAGGAUUUUCGCUACAUGCCGAACGUCAUCUCAUCCGCCAUCGUCAAUACUCCACCACCAGAUAUGCUAGCAGAUGUCCUCAACAAGCGAAACAAGGUCCACCACUUCGACAAGGAGACCGACGAAGAUAUGAUUCCCAUCUUCAUGUCAGGUGUUGAUGGCAAGCCGCGUAACAACAAGCGACUCCUUCCGCACCGAAACUGGUGUCAGAUCCGACCUUAUGUCCCAGGAAGUACACCACCUUCUACACCACCUCCCGAGGAAGAUUAUGAACACAAUCCCGAAGGGUCACCACCCCGUCGUGGCGGUCUCCUGCGUAGAUUGUCGUCUUCAUCUAGGAAACGCGGACCAGUAUACCGUCCAGACGUGCCAGAUGAGCAAGACCGCUCCCGCCCGCCACUUUCUGGUGGUGGCAGUGGCCUUUUCCGCUCAUUUUCCAGAAAAAACUCUACCUCUGAUGGUCAGCAACGUCCUGGUAAGCUGCUACGCACCUUGUCUCUCGGUCGUAGUGAUUCAGCUGGCCCUAAGAAGGGCGGCUUCUUCGGCCGGCGGCCUUCCACUAGUCGUCGCCGUCCUGAUGAUGGUGGGAUCAACGGUGGCUGGGGCGCUGAAAGCGAUGAGGACUCCUAUAAUCAUAUCCCGACGCCCCAAGAAAUUCGGCGAACACGGCCAACGGCUUUUGAGGGGCCGAAUGGCGAGCGGGGUGACAAACUUGCACGCAUGGGUCUUCGCGGCGGCGCUGGUAGCGCUCGCGAAGCCGCUGAAUACAGCACUGGUGACGACUCGUAUUUCUCAGUGGCGCAUCGUGCCCCGCAGCGCUCGUACACACAACCCGUUUCUGCCGCUCACGGUCGCGGCGAUGAAAGGAUGUCAGAGGAACAGGCUAGGCCCAGUAGACCAAAGCCAGUCUACCGCAUGUCUACGGGAUUGAGUAUUAAACAGCUCAAGAAGCCCCAGCGAUUCGAGGUUGAUGUGGAAGGCGCCCUUGAUAUUCAGCUGAACGUCGAGAUUAACCCCAAAGACCCUGCCGGUAUUACGAUGCCGUAUAGACUUCUCGUGCCGACGCUACAAUACGAAUACCACGGCGAAGAUGCCUCUAAUGUGGACGAUGAAUCAGAGAUCGAGAAUGGUAACGCCGGAAUUGAAGACGCGUACGAUGAGCAACCGAUGCCGAAGAGAGGUGGUACUCUCAAGAGACUCUUCAGUGGACGGAAAGGUAGCCAAUACCGGGAGCACAGGGGGGGUGAGGGUGCUGAGUAUGACUACAACCGGGGCAAUACACACCAUCUUGAUGUCUAUUGA